UUCAGAUCGUUUUGAGUGCGCUGUGUGUGCUAUCUGAAACUUCUCAACCCGAGAAACAUCUGUGUGGAUAUUAAGGGAACAUAAGCUGAUGGAAACCAGAGAACAUUAUGAAAGAUACUGAUACAAGAGCAGGAGAAAAAGAUGACCCAUGGAGUGAACGAACAGAGAAUGUUCAGGAAGAGGAGACCUCCAUGAAGCCUAGUUUCUCUGUGGAGGAUCUGCUGGAUGAGGUGGAGAAAAUCAGCAGCGUGCCUACAGGAGGCAAAAAGGUGGGAAUAGUGGUGAGGUUGUGGAAAGAUGGUUUCACAGUGAAUGACGAGGAUCUGCGCAGUUACACUCUGGAGGAGAACCAAGAAUUUCUUGAGGCCAUUAAGCGUGGGGAAUUGCCUCUAGAGCUUGAGGGGCGAGCAGAGGAGCAGGAACUGGAGGUAAAUGUGGAGGAUAUGAAGGAUGAAAUGUAUGUCCCAAAGAAAAAGACCUUUCACCCCUUUACUGGGAGAGGGUACCGAUUAGGAAGUGUUGCGCCGCGCGUUGUGGCCAGGUCUCGCUCAGUACAUGAGGACCUCUCCACGCCUCCUGUGCCUGCUGUGGAGGUGGAUGAGGAGCAGCCUGUCACUGCCUUACAGAUCUGGCUGGCAGACGGACGACGGCUGGUGCAGAGGUUUAACCUCUCACAUAGGAUCAGUGAUGUUCAGGAUUUUGUGGAGCAAGCCCAGAGGACAAGUUCACCGUUCAUCCUCACGACAUCUCUGCCUUUCCGAGAACUCCGAGAGGAGGAACAGAGCAUAGAAGAGGCUGACCUGACAAAUGCCGUGAUCGUUCAGAGACCCCUUAAUACACAAAACCCGUUCGGUCAUUCCUGACGGGACUGAACAAUCAGACUUCAAAUGUCCCAUAUCAAAUUGCCCACUCCUAAAUCUACCUAGCAUGGAGAAUCACCGCACAAAUCUUUCAAAGACCUUGAGUCUUCUCCCCACCUAGAGGUCACCUAAAGUCUCUCUCAAUCACCAAUUCAACUUAAAAAUCUGCUGGCUCCCAAGGACACUUUACAGACAUUGAUAAAUUGCUUCUGGAAAAAAAUGAGAACGUAUCUCUAAUCACCUCAAUCACAGUUCUCAGAAGGAAAGCACUGCUUAAAACCAAACAGCAGCUCUGAGUCGAAUGCAAAAGGCACACAGAGUGUGAAUAUCAUGAAGUGUUGUGGAACGGCUGCGUUGCAUAAGGUCCUUAAUUUUCCUCUGUUACCAUGCUUAUAUACAUCCCCUCUGCUGGAUUACUGGCUCUCCUUUGAUGUCAUGCAAUUAGGGGAAGCCAAGGCUUUGAAAAUCACUGUGUAAAUAAAUGUUUACACAAAAAUAAAAUGCAAUGGGUUGUGGAGCUUGCUGCCUGAUUGCUGAGAAUACACAGUAUGCACUAAUCUAUAUCCAACUCAAGCUAGACAGUUAGGUUUUUUUUUGUCUGUUUGUUUAUUUAUCUGAAGGGUGAUGAUUAAGAUCAAGAUAUAUACACAAGAGUUUAUAUAUCUUGUUAGCUGUAUAUCUUGUGAAACAUGCACUUUGAAUUUGUCAGAAGGUCAUUAACUCAAGAAGCUGUUUGCAAUAAUAAUCAAAAUAUGUAUUACUGUAUGUGCUGUUGGAAUGAAUUGCUCAAUGAAACAAUGUAAAAUGUGUCUA